AUGGCCGAGGGCCGAGCUCUGCGUAGGGCCGAACGCCCAAAACGUUCAAGAGAAGCGCGCGUCUACGCGAGGCUAAAGGCCAUGCUGCGGGACGGCUCUCCAAACCCCGGCCCGCGGGCCAAAUCCGGCCCGCGAAGAGUUCCAACCCGGCCCGCCGACAGCGGUCCAAUCCGGCCCGCGGGAGCCAGGCUCCAAGUGUUCAGCCCUAACAGCAGCAACCAGAUACACCCCCCUCCCCCCUGGGGCCGAAAUGCUGUGUGCCGUGGCCCGCGCGAAAAUUCUGAGGCGCAAUAUGGCCCUCAGACUUCGGUACCAGUAAACUUUGUGUAUUUUGCAGAAAAUCCAUUGGAUUUCGAGUUAACCAGACCAAUUGUGCAUACUCCAGUAGGCAGCUAUCGGGGGCUUUGGGCCCAAGACGGGAAUUACUCUAUGUUUCUGGGUAUCCCGUAUGCGAAAGUUGACCCGGACAAUGUUUUUGGUGUGAGUUUUGAAAUUUCUCAAUUUAUGAAUAGUCAUAAUCGUUUCCCUCCUAUUCCACACAAAUUUGAAGGGAUAUAUGAAACAGUCGACGAUACUUCAAGGUGUCCUCAAUAUGAAGAAUUUAAAAACAUAAUUACUGGGUCAUUGAACUGUCUUCACGUCAACAUUUACGUACCGAACAUCGCUACUAUCGAUAAUCCCUUGCCUGUUAUGAUCUACAUAUUUGGUGGGAAAUUCGAACACGGAUAUGCAGGCAGAUUCUUAUAUGGACCACGCUUCUUAGUUAGGCAUGACAUCAUUCUCAUUACGUUCAACUAUCGCCUUGGCCCAUAUGGAUUUUUUUGUCUAAAUACUUCUAAAGUACCAGGAAAUCAGGGUUUGAAAGAUCAAAUACAAGCACUGCGGUGGAUUAAAGAUAAUAUACGAUAUUUUGGCGGAGAUGACUCCAAAAUCACUGUAGCGGGGCACAGUUCUGGUUCAAUGUUGUUGGAUUAUCAUCAGUACUUUCUACAGGAACAGCUUUAUAAUAGAGUGAUUUUGCAAAGUGGCGUUGCAUUAUCUCACCAUUCUGAUCCUGAUCGAGAUGCCCCUAUAAAAUUAGCAAAACAAUUAAAUUAUUCAACACAUGAUAUUGAUGAUGCCUUAUCGUUUCUAAACAAAGUGGAGCCACAUGAACUUAUUGCUGCAACCAGGGAUUCUGGUGUAAUUGUGGGACCGUGUGUUGAAAAGCAAUUCGAGAAUGCUAAUAACUAUAUAAAGAAAUACCCAGCUGAUUUGAACACAGUUUCUCGAAGAGAUGUCGAUGUCUUGAUUGGUAUUACUAACGACGAAAGCUAUGCGUUUGUAACAAUGAACAUAAAAAAUGGUAAAUUAGAAUGUGAAGACUUCGUCUCUUUAAUUUUAGAAGCACAUUUUGAAUUUAAAAAUGAAAGUAAACUUUCAAACGAAAUGAAUAAGAUUGUCCGGUUAUUUUAUUAUGGCGAUGAUGUUCAGUGUGCAGAAAACAAGAGACCAGAAAUUAAUGUCCAUGCAGAUUUUAUAUUUUACAGUCCGAUACUAAGAACUGUUAGAAAAUAUUUGGAGAGUGGCGUGGACAAUACCUACUUCUAUAUGUUUUCAUUUUCUGGUGAAAGGAAUUAUUGCAAGGAUUCCGUUAAUGUACCAUUUACAAUAGGUGGUGCUUUUCACGCAGAUGAGCUGGGAUAUUUAUUUGACAUAUCUUACAUGAAAGAGCGUUUGCGUGAUGAAGAUAUGCUAAUUGUAGACAGGAUGACCGAACUUUGGACUAAUUUUGUAAAAUAUGGAAAUCCAACACCGAAACCGUCAAAGUUGAUACCUCUUCAAUGGCCACGCGUAACCAAGGACAAACUGCCAUAUUUGGAGAUAAACACUGAACUACGCAUAGGAUCAAGACCGAUGCACGAACGGAUGAGCUUUCUGGACCUUCUAUACAAACACAUUGGAGGUUAUCAAAGGUGGAUGAGCAAGGACUGAACAAUAAAACAAAGAAU